AUUUUGUUUUAUAUCUAAUUCGCUUGCUUCUUCCUUUUCCGUACUGUGUUAAGAUUCCGUCAUCUGAUCGGCGAUACCACUCGGUCAACCGUAAGAUCCAAUAUUCCUCAGUCCGUUGUAGCAGGUAUUAAGGUUCUAAUAAGAAAAAGUUCAUGAGCAUAAAGAUGGAGCUCACUAUCACACAACCUGAUGAUUGGCAUCUUCACCUCCGAGAUGGUGCCCUUCUUGAAGCUGUCAUCCCACACAGUGCAAGGCAUUUUGGAAGGGCUAUAGUAAUGCCAAAUUUGAAACCACCCAUCACUACCAUGGCCACUGCUGUUACUUAUCGAGAGUCCAUUUUGAAAGCAAUACCUAAACAUAGCAAUUUCACUCCUCUGAUGACACUUUACUUGACAGACAUGACCACUCGUGAUGAGAUCAAACUUGCAAAAAGAAGUGGACUUAUUUAUGGUGUGAAGUUGUAUCCUGCUGGUGCCACAACAAACUCCCAAGAUGGUGUUACUGAUCUUUUUGGAAAAUGUUUUUCUGUUCUAAAGGAAAUGGUUGAGCAAGACUUACCAUUAUUGGUUCAUGGAGAGGUUACAAAUCCAAAAGUUGAUAUUUUUGACCGGGAAAAGGUAUUCAUUGAAACAAUUUUAGAGCCUUUGAUUCAAAGGCUUCCACAGCUGAAGGUUGUGAUGGAGCAUGUUACUACCAUGGAUGCUGUUAAAUUUGUAGAGUCUUGCAAAGAAGGUUACGUAGGAGCAACUGUUACACCACAGCAUCUUCUUCUCAAUCGUAAUGCUUUGUUUCAAGGUGGCUUACAGCCUCACAAUUACUGUCUUCCAGUGCUCAAAAGAGAGAUCCAUAGACAGGCUAUUGUUUCAGCUGUCACUGGUGGAAGUAAACGAUUUUUCCUUGGAACCGAUAGUGCUCCACAUGAUAGGCGUAAAAAGGAAUGUUCAUGUGGAUGUGCUGGCAUAUACAACUCCCUGGUUGCUCUAUCACUAUAUGCCAAGGUUUUUGAAGAGGCUGGUACACUUGACAAGCUGGAGGCUUUUACAAGCUUUAAUGGACCUGACUUCUAUGGCCUCCCCAGAAACAAGUUAAAGAUUAAACUGAGGAAAGCUCCUUGGAGAGUACCUGAGUGUUUGUCGUUUCCAUUCGGAGAUAUUAUUCCCAUGUUUGCUGGUGAAACACUUGAAUGGGAGGCUUGCUUAAUUAAUUGACUGGCGUAUCUAUUUGAAGGCCACCAGCUUUCUGGGUGGGUACAGGAUUUGAAAACUUUGAACAAGUGCUUAUGCCUAUUAUAUGACAGAAUUUGACAUUCUCAUAAUCAAUGCUUAGGUAUCAAGUACUUUUUUUCUCUCUGUUUUCAUUUUCAUAAUUCAGAGCAUUUACUGACACCAUCUUUUUAAUUACAUUCAUUUGAACAAGCUCAGCCAAUUCAACAUGUACCAUCACCGUGUUAUAUGUGAGAAUGCUGCUGCUAUAAAGCAUGGAGGAAAUAAACUGGAAGCAGCUAAUCUUUAAUUACUAGGAAGCCAAAACUCAUUAGACUUCUAUUUACUCCCUUCAAGAUGAAGUCAUUCGAAAUGCUGAUAUAAAUAAAUGGUGUAUUUAUUUCUUGUGCUAUUACGAAUUAAAAUUGUCAUAUUUAUUUUAAGGAGAAAUUACA